ACUUGGUCCAAUAUGUUCACGGACAUCAGACAGCGUCUCCGAACUUUAAGGAUGUCACAUUUGAAAAUUUAUAAAUAAUUUGAGUGAUAUUACGAAGACUUCAAUAGUUGUUUGGCUGUGAAUGAAGAACGACUACGUGAUCUUUAAAGACCCCUACAGGCGAGCGGUUUGAGUGAACACUUACCGCCUUCAAACGCGAGAUGAUGCAACGAUGUUUCCUAGUAUUGAUUUGGUGGAUACAAGCAGCGCAGUCCUCUCCGUGUGCACAUCGAUACUAUGGAAAUGAUCACACAGUGUGCGUGUGUAAUUCAACAUAUUGCGACAGUAUUCCAGAAUAUGAUUUUUCGAGUGCCAGUUCGUACAUCCGAUUCACGUCUGACAAGGCCGGCCAAAGGUUCGAGAAGUCUGAGGGUUUUUUCAGUUAUGAAACGACACCGGAAUGUAGUACCCGAUUAUUUAUACAUUCUACAAAUCUCUAUCAAACUAUUCAGGGGUUCGGAGGCGCUUUUACAGACUCAGCAGUGAUGAACAUAAAAUCACUGAGCAAAGAUGCGCAGGAAAAUUUACUCAGCGCGUAUUUCAGCAUGAAAGGGAGCAGGUACAACCUGGGACGUGUUCCCAUUGGUGGCACUGACUUCUCCUCCAGGAAAUAUACCUACUGCGAUAACGCCGUUGAAAAGACGUCGAAACUGAACUUUAGCCUGACAGAGGAAGAAUACGAGGGGAAAAUUCCGUUGUUACAAAAAGCUCUUGAACUGAAUCCGGAACUCAGAUUGAUCGCAGCGUCAUGGACAGCGCCACCAUGGAUGAAGACGAAUAAUGAUUACGUUAACGGAUCGUUGAAGGAAGAGUACUACCAGAUGUACACCGAUUACCUCUUAACGUUCCUGGAAGAGUACCGAGACCAAGGAUUGGGAAUGUGGGCGAUCUCGACAGGAAAUGAGCCGAUCACCGAGUACCUAAAAUAUGUCCGUAUCAACUCUAUGUCGUGGACGCCAGCCGCCAUGGCGACGUGGGUUUCCCGUAACCUAGGCCCAACGUUAAGCAAGUCAAGACAUAAUCAGACUCUGAUAUUCGGUCUAGACGACAAUAGAGGCCACUUGACCUCUUUCUAUGAGGAAUUCCUGAGUUACGAAUCUUGCACGAAUUAUAUAACCGGGACCGCUAUUCAUUGGUAUCAAGACGACACGACUUCCGCAAGUUUGCUCGAUCAAACCCAUUAUAAGUUUCCCGAAAAACUCCUCGUGCUGACCGAAGCCUCCAUAUUACCUGAUAGUACAAAAUCGAAGAAACCUGUCUCUUUGGGGUCUUGGAACCGAGGGGAACGAUACAUGCUGAAUAUAAUUGAAAAUCUGGAACACUGGGUCGCCGGUUGGCUGGACUGGAAUCUCGUUCUAAACCAAGAUGGCGGACCUUCGUGGGCUAGAAAUUACGUAGACGCCUCAAUUAUCGUGAAUCCAGUCGCAGAUGAAUUUUACAAACAGCCGAUGUUCUACGCCAUAGCCCAUUUCAGCAGCUUUAUCCCGCGGAAUUCCGUAAGGAUAGAAGUUUCUCAAUACAAUAAAUCCACUGGUAUCAAAUCCGUGGCUUUCCUAACGCCGGACAACGAAAUUGUUGUUGUGAUCUCCAAUACGUCGACUAAAGAACAGCAAGUGACUAUUUAUGAUUUGCACAAAGGACAUAUUUCUGUCCGAUUAGAAGCGAAAUCAUUUCAUACUCUAAUCUACAAACAAUUACUUUGUUAUUAAACCAAUUGUGAAUAUACGCUGCAUAGAGAAUGCAAACGAAAUGUACGAGGCCCUGAAAAAGAAGAAGGAAAAGAGAAGUAACAAAGUUUCAGGAACGCUACUUUUAAGGUCCUUAAGUCCUAAGUACGGUGCACGUUUAAUAUUAUUGAUACUAAAAUACGUAUUUAUUUUUUAACAUCAAAUAUCGUGUUUUGGACUGUGAGAAUGUUACGAUGCUACUUAUAUUCAUAUAUCAGGCAAAUAUGUUCUAAGAAUAUUCAAGUAACUGUCUCUAAAGGUAAUUUAUGCAAGAUGUCGUGGAAACGAGACAACUGUCAAAAUUUAAUAUAACUGGAUGUUCAUGUAUU